GUGGGUUUUUUUGUAUAAUCCUCAGCGCAAAUUUCAAGAAGAAGAAAAACAGAGAAUAGCUUUCUUCUUUUUGACCUUUCUUCUCCUCAAUUAAAGAUCCUGUUAUGGAGUCUCCACAAUCUGAGGCAUCAAUCGUCAAUGGUAGUAUCCAUUUGAAUGGCAGUGGUGAAACCAAAACAAAGAAUCUUGUCAUGUCGUCUGAUUCAGACAGUUUCAUCGGUGUGCUUGAGGUUUUUGUUCACCAAGCUAGGGACAUCCACAACAUCUGCAUCUAUCAUAAGCAAGAUGUGUAUGCUAAGCUUUCUCUCACAAGCGAUCCCGAGAGCUCUUUGUCCACGAAGAUCAUCAAUGGUGGAGGGAGAAACCCUGUGUUCGAUGAUACCCUUCAGUUCGACGUGAAGAAUCCGGAAUGUUCGCUUAAGUGUGAGAUAUAUAUGAUGAGCCGCGUGAAGAAUUAUCUUGAGGAUCAGUUACUUGGAUUCACUCUUGUGCCUUUGUCUGAAGUGAUUGUGAGGAAUGGGAAAUUGGAGAAAGAGUUCUCUCUUUCGUCAACCGAUUUGUAUCACUCUCCUGCGGGUUUUGUUGAGUUGUCUCUCUCGUACGCAGGAGAUUCGCCCGACGUGAUGCACAUUCCUGCGAUUCCAACUGCAGAUGAGACCGAGUUGGCUCCUAUCGAGUUUGAUGAGAGUGAGUUUUUGGAUCCAAAUAUUGUCUGUGAAAACAAUCAAAUGGUGUCUAAAUACUUCUCCACUACUUGUUCUGAUUCUGAUGAGUUUGCAAGCUCUGAAACCGGCUUUGUGGAAGUAAACAGCAUCCAGUCUGCAGUUGUUGACACUGCUGUUGAAGAAGCAGCACCGAGGAAUACUGUCUCAACAAAUGAAAUCUCUUCUCCAUCAAUUGCUGUGAGCUCGGGUUCCUCGGGAACUCAUGAUGAUUCAAAGCAAUCAAGUGAAGGAAACAACUCAGGUUCAGAACAAGAAGCGAAGAGGCCAAUAGAUACCAUCAAGAAUGGUGAUUUAGAUAAGAGGGAUGAUGAAGCAGUUGUGAAACCGGUUCUGACAGUCAGCAUUGAACCAGAGCACAAGGUAGUGCAGCAAGAUAUUGUUGACAUGUACACGAAAAGCUUGCAGCAAUUUACUGAAUCACUGGCUAAGAUGAAACUCCCUUUGGACAUCGAUAGCCCAACCCAAUCAGAGAACUCAAGCUCCUCCCAGCAGACGCCAAAGAGUGCUAGCUCCCGUGUGUUCUACGGUAGUAGAGCCUUCUUCUGAAACUCGGAAAUCAUCUCAAGUUUGGCAUCAGAACUAGCAAGCAAGUAGUGAAAGAGUAAUAAGUUAAAAGUAGACUAUCCAAAAUGUGUAACUAUCUCCCUUUGAUAUCUCUUUGUAGCAAGCUUUUCUUGUUAUCUGCAACUUUUCCAAUUUAGUAUUAAAGUUUCGCAAUCUCG